AUGAAGCGGCUGCUGAGGCGGGGGGAGGUGCCGCCCCACCUCCAGUUCAACCCCUACGUGCUCGCGGGCUACCGCCCCCUCCUCGGCCUCUGGGGCUCGCUCUGCUCCCUCUGCUACCUCCACAAUGAGACGGUCAACAUCCUCAGCCACGCACUGGCAAUCGUCUACAUCCUUUGCGUGCUGCAGUACGAGCUGCCGUGGAGCGAGGUGGAUUGCCACUUGCUGAUGUAUUGCCACCUGGCAGGGACGCUGUGCCCCUGGAUCGGCUCCUUCGUCUACCACCUCUUCAUGAACAUGGACAGGCCUCCGCCUUUCUACUACCGCCUGCUCCAGCUGGACAUGCUCGGCAUCUGGGUCUCUCAGAGCUUUGGAGCUUUGACAAUGGUGUGCGCAUCGGUCGCCUGCCUCCCGAAGCUAGUCCAGUGGAUCGUCAUUGCUUCCUACAGCCUCCUCUCUCUUCUCGGGCUCUUCAAGGCAAUGGCAGCUAGUUCCCCUUGGAAGAGAAGGAUGUGCUUCGCUCUUCCUUUCCUAAUGAGAAACUGCCUCGUUUUAUUAAGACUGACCAAAUACGGUGGCGGGAAUCCAGAUGGAUUGCUCUAUGUCAUACUACAGGACUUGAUAUCACUGAUAGGAGGUGCUAUCGGGGCGCUGAACGUUCCCGAACGAUGGAUGCCAGGCUCUUUGGAUUACUGCUUCAAUUCUCACAACAUAAUGCACGUUCUGGUCGUCUUGGCAGUCUAUUACAUGAAUCUGUCAACUAUCUCUGACCUAUUGUGGCUUAAAAACGGGCAAUGUCAAAGAAGUGUAGAAUUCAAUUCAACACCACAUCUCCAUCAAGAAUUAUGA